CAGCAAUAUUUAAUUAGAGCUGCCUAAUGUUUUCAUUUGGUAAAUUUAUUUUGUCAGUAACAAUUAAUUGACCUUUUCAUGCAUGUUGGGCACAAAUGUAUAAAAAUGAGGGUGUUUCGAAAGCAAAGUCCAAAGACCAGUUUCAGUUGCUAGCCAACGGUAAAAAAUAAAACUAUUAAAUGGGUUCCUGUAUAUGGAUAUUUCUAAUGAUAGCAGCAAUUGUCAAUGUUCAGGGAUACACAAAAUAUGGACGUGACUGCCGAGAUAUUUCAUGUGCACCUGGCCAACGAUGUAUUAUUGCCAGAGAGCCCUGUACAGGCUCAAAUCAAGAUGAUGGUCCUAAAUGCGGAAAGUAUCCGACAUGUGAAAGAAAGAAUAAUCUCCCCUCUACUUCAGUUAACUUCUUGGAACGUCGGAAACGGCAGGCUAAUCAGCAAGGAUACGGAAUGGGUGGAAAUGGGAUGGGCAGAGGCAAUGGAAUGAACAAUGGAAAUGGGAAUGGGAAUGGAAUGGGUGGUCAGAAUGGAGGUGGUUACGGAAUGGGUGGACCAAACGGUAACGGAAUGGGAGGUAAUGGUAACGGAAUGGGCGGAAAUAGAAACGGUAUGGGUGGUAGUGGGGGAAAUGGUAACGGAAUGGGCGGCAAUGGAAUGGGUCCCGGUGGGAUGGGCGGCAACGGAAUGGGCGGCAAUGGAAUGGGCGGCAAUGGAAUGGGUCCCGGUGGGAUGAACGGCAACGGAAUGGGCGGCAAUGGAAUGGGUCCCGGUGGGAUGGGCGGCAAUGGAAUGGGUGCCGGUGGGAUGGGUGGCAAUGGAAUGGGUCAAGGUGGAAUGGGUGGAAACGGUAUGAAUGGUGGAAGGGGCGGAUAUGGAAACGGAAUGGGAGGCAAUGGAAUGAGUCCUGGUGGAAUGGGAGGACCGGGAGGUUACAAUGGAAGAGGUGGGCAAAAUGGAAUGGGAGGACCAAAUGGGAUGGGAGGACCGAACGGAAUGGGAGGUCCAAAUCGAAUGGGAGGACCAAAUGCAAUGGGUGGACCCCCAGGAAUGGGUGGACCACCAGGUGGGCCAAAUGGAACGGGACAGGGAAACUGGCAAGGCAAUAAUAAUUCGGGAAACAAUAAUAAUGGCAAUGGUAGUAAUCGCUAAAAGGGUGGCAACUCUAAUCAGAGCUACAGUACUACUUCUGCAACAACGACAGAUGGAUGGUGA